AUGACCAUAAUAUCACCACAGUUUCAAGGACCACGCAUUGAGAAACCAGAUCUUUGGCUCCUGGCCCUUGAACGCUCCGAGCUUAGCAAUGAGCAGUCGGAGGUGCUCCUCGGUCCGCCUUCCGGAACUGAGACCGCGUCAUGGUCUCCAGUCCAGUUCGUGCAGGAAGUCAAAGAUGUCACUCGCGACCGGUACGUCGAGUGCGAAAAGAGCGGAUGGUUCGCCAAAGCUGGAGGAUGCAAGGCCGUCAUCAAGCAACGGGCCGGGACAGUACUCAUGGCCGUACUCGAGCUCAAAGGUUUCGUUAGCGAGGGACUAAAGUACGAUGUCACCGGAUACGGUGCGACAGCAUGGUCUAUCAUCACCUUUGGCCUACGGAACGAUCUCGACAGGACACAAUCCAUAUUCGAAGCCUCCGCUUUCCUGGCGGAUCUCCUUGCACGAUACGCUAGUAUUGAGCUGCAUUAUGGUGAUCCAGAGAUCGACGAUUGGCUUCAACUGCAAGACAGUGUCGUCUCAGUAUACGCGGCUGUACUGAGAUACGCUUUCGAGGUUAGGAGCGCUUGCAAAGGUGGUCGACACGAUAGGAAGAAAGAAUCGGCAGCACUUCUUUCUGAAGUUUCCGAGGUGCUAUCAACGCUGAACGCUGUCUCUGAUACGGUCGACCAGAUCUUGAUCAUUUCACAGACCACUGAGGACGACAGGCUUCGUGACUGGAUCUUCAAGGAGAAGAUCGAUAAGCACCAGAAGAUACAGACUGAUCUCCUUCAAUACCAAGGAUUUCUAAGCACCGGCGACUGGCUGCUCAAACAUCGGGCCUUUGAGGACUGGCUGCGCUACCCGCAGCAAUUCCUACUACUACAUGGCAGGGCGGGCUCAGGAAAGUCCUAUCUUUGUUCAAUCAUCAUCGAAUACAUCCGAAAGCAGUAUAAGGGAGACCUCCGUAAACUGGUCUUAUACUACUUCAUGGACGGCACCGCUGCAGAUUCGGAUCAAUUAGAAGACAUGCUGCGCUCUCUGAUCAGGCAAAUGAUCACGAUUGCCGGAUCGAUACCAGCAUAUGUACGCGAGGUUGAGAAGAACCACAGGCAGAUGGGGUCCUUCCCGAAAUUCGACGAACUCAGUGACAUAGUGUGCCACUUGGUGCGAGAGAGCAAGCGCGAUGUGUUCAUGGUUAUCGACGGACUUGACCAUACUCUCGAGUCGAUGCAUCCGAAUCGCAAACUGCUUCUGGGUCUCAUCCGAGAUCUUCAGCAAGACAAUGAGGGCAAUCUUCAUCUUUUCGUAUCGACCAAGCAUGACUCCGAUGUAUGCCAGGCCAUCCAGGAUCUUGACACUGCAGCACCUGCGCUCGUUGACAUAGACGCGCAUGCCCAGGCAGACCUAGCCAAGUAUGUUGCGUACCAUAUGGAGCACACUGUACCGCAAUUCGCUCCGUUGCGACAUCCGACUCCACUAUCGGGCACGUUGACGGAAUAUAUACGACGUACUCUGAUGAAAACUAAGACCAGCUCCUUUCAAUGGACAGGUGCUGUUCUCAGGGAACUCAGCACAUGUCACACUGAUAGCCAAGUUGAAGAAGUCUUGCGAACUCUUCCUUCCACCAUUGAGGCUCUGUAUUCUCAAGCUCUGGAGAAAAUCCCGCCCCGAGAUCUGGAGAUGGCGAGGUCAAUCUUCAUGCUUCUUCUGUGCACCUGGGGGGAAGCCGAUGUAAAGCUGGCUAUCGACUAUACCGGCUUGACUUCUGCUUCCCAACUCGUGCAGAUAUGUUCCAGGACUGAGGGGCCUUUCUUAGACCACUCGGCCAUGAAUAUGCUACUAUAUGCCCGGAGAGCUUGGGAGAUACCCGGCGCAUCGAUUCCACAGGACUUCAUUGAGUCAUUCGGGCGUGCCGACGCUACUGGUUUCCUCGCCUGGCGUCGCCAUCAACAUAGAGCCUGGAAUCUCGGUGACGAUCCAGUAGAAGAGCACUAUCCAACUCCCUUGCAUGUCUCCUUAUACUGGUCUUAUUUCAAGACAGCCCGUGCUAUCUUGGACCUCGACCACACUGGAUAUGACUGCAUGAGCAUAUUCGGCACACCACUGCAGCUUGCUGUAUCCGGGAACCACCUCCAGUUAGCCACUGCGCUGGUGGGACUCGGAGCCGAUGUCGAUGCCCCGCCAGGGACAGACGGCUCCGCUAUCUACAGAGCAUGCUUCAAGAACGUGCAUAUCGAGAUCUUGCAACUUCUACUUGCCAACGAUCCAAAGACGACGCUGGAUAUGCCUUGUAAAGAUGAGCAGGGUGUGGACUACGAGACUCCAUUGUAUGCAGCAAUCGUACAAGGCAACGAAAGAUUCGUCGAGCUACUGCUAAAAGCGGGUGCGAGCCCAAACUCUCGCAGGAGGUCGUACGGCAACGCCCUCCAAACCGCAUCUGCUUUAGGACAUGUGAGUAUAGUGGAACUACUUCUGCAGUAUGGCUGUGAUCCCAAGGUGAUGAGUGGCCCUUAUGGUACGGCCUUUCUAGCAGCUUUCCAUGGCACGGGGGACGACAAAGGCCAUGAGAGAAUUGCCGAAAUUCUCAGCCCUAACAGCAUCGCCCCCACGGCACACGGCUCAUUGUGGAGGGAAGCUAUCAUCGCAGCGGAGGCAAUGGUUACAGCUGAUGGUACGACCGACAGGGGUUGGCUAGAUGUCUGUUGCCUGGAGCUCUCUCGAUAUCGCCCGUAUCUUGGCAAAUGGAGGGCCGCAGGCGACACGCCGCGGACUACCAUGCAGUGGAAGACUACAUGGGCCUAUCAAUACACGGUGCUUACACACCAUCUAAGUGAUUCAAUACAGUCAAACCUUCCUCGCGAGGAUGAUUCUGGGCUGUGGAGACAGAUCAAGAUAGGCUUCGACCGUAACGACGCUAGUUGGGGACUCAACACCAAGCACGCGUAUUACAAACAAUAUUUUCGAGCUCUGCUCCAUAGUUUCAUAUCUGAAUGGCGCAAGUUCUUCAUGUUCGGCAGCGACCGAUGCUUGAACACUAGCGAAACUGGAUUCUUGGCCUCACUCAUGACAGUGUGGAAUCGGACUGCGCACUACGAAGACCUUUUGAUUGAGGAUAAGAAACACGGGAAUAGCGCCCUCUUCCAUGCGUCACUACACGACUUGUUCACGCAUCUUGUUCGCGCAAUGAAUGGGUAUUACUACUGGCAUAUGAAUCACUUGGGCGAGACGGAGCUACAAAGCAGGGCGGACAGUCUAAUUGACAAGCUUACGAUUCUGGAACACAAUACACACCUCCAAGCAAGUUUAUACUUGCAGUCGAAACAGAUUGAGAUGCUUGACGGUAUGCAGCAACAGCAAGACGCCAUGACGGCCAAAAUUGAGGAAGCUGUGGCUGUGAAGAUGAAGGUGCUCGAAAAAAACAUGAAUCAUGAGCUACGACUCCUACGAACGACUCUACUGAACAGCAUCGCAACCCCAUCGCAACCAGAUGUGAAUGGGGCGGACAACGAAGAAACCGAUGCAAUCGUUACGCCCGAAACUCGCGAAUAG